AUGGAACGCGCAGCUGGCAACGGAAAGGCUCCUGAGCCGGGCAUGGUCAGGGCUGCGGAUGGUGCGAGACGUGAAAUCAUCCACGAAUACAACCUCGACGGCCGCGUCGGGUAUUUUGUCACAGACAACGCAGAGAGCAACGACACGUGUCUCGAUGAACUUGCUUGCGAGCUUGGCUUCAACAAGCAGCACCGCCGGUUACGAUGCUGUGGGCACGUCAUUAACCUUGUCGCGCGAUCCAUCUUAUUUGGGACGGAUGCUGACGCCUUCGAGGAGGAUUGCCGAGCCGACAAGGAGCUCCAAGACGAGAUGAAGUUGUGGAGGGCCAAAGGCCCGAUUGGUAAACUGCAUAACAUUGUGCAUUGGGUUCAACGAUCUGGCCAACGCAUUGAAAAACUCCACAAGCUUCAAAGCAUUGAAAAUACGGCGCUGGGCAUUGAAGACAAAACAACCUACGAUGUGAUUACGGACAAUGCAACGCGAUGGAACUCGUCUGAGGCGAUGAUGGAGCGAGGCUAUCAGCUUCGGAAUCCUCUCGACUCUCUUAUCCAGGCAGAGGUUACGGAGUGGGGUCAGUACGUCGCCGCGAGGACUGCAAAUGGGACAAGGCCGAUGCCAAAGAGAAGUCGGAAGAAGCCUGCAAUUGUUGACGAUAAGAUGACCAGUGAAGACUGGGCAGUGAUUGCGGAAUACCUGGCCAUAUUGAAGCCACUGAAGAUAGCCACGAAGCGGCUAGAAGGCAGACCUGAGGAGGGCAAAUAUGGGGCGAUCUGGGAGGUUCUGCUGACGAUGGAAUGGCUUCUGAAGCAUCUGGAGGAGUCUAAGAUGCAACAUGAACACGAUGAAGAGCCUUACUUGCGAGUUGGUUGCAACCUCGGCUGGAUGAAGCUGGAUAAGUACUAUGCACUCACUGACGACAGCCCGGUUUACCUUGCCGCCCUUGUCCUUCAUCCUGCCUUUCGUUGGCCCGCCAUCGAAUCUCAAUGGGCUGAUCAUCCUGAAUGGUUGGAGAGAGGUAAAGCAGCUGUGCGAGAACUGUGGGAAGAAUAUAGAGGGUUGCCCAUCGAGCAGGAUGCGGCUUCGGAACCACCCAUGGCCGCGAGAAAAACAACCGACUUGGACGAAUUCAUGGCGUCGGUCAGGAAGCUCAGCACUCAGCGCGCACCAGCGACACCAUCUACACGAGAUGAGUAUGCCGAGUGGUUAUCCACCCCAGACCCUGGUGACUGCCUGGUCGAUAACCCGAUUCAGUACUGGCUCCUCCGGCGACGACAAUAUCCGAACUUAUCGCGAAUGGCGAUUGAUCUCUUCUCAAUUCCAGCGAUGUCUUCUGAACCAGAACGGAUAUUUAGUCUUACAGGACAGAUGAUCACGCCGUCAAGAAGACGGCUGCAGGCAGAUAUUGUAGGAGCGGCGCGGUGCAUCUCGUCGUGGGAGAAAAGUGGGGCUAUUCAAAUUAUCCAAAUAAAUCCAAAUCUACCGAAGUGA